AUGUCUGCGGAAGCUCUUCAUGCCUUGUUGACCACGAGGGCAGACUUGCUCAAGGAUGACACGCUGACGGAGAAAAAACGCGUUCCUUCAACGGGAUCAAGCGUCUCAGGGAGUGAAGGAAGCGUGGUGAUCACAAGAGAGAACGGUAAGCCGCAAGAUCAAAUGUUGAAAAUCAGAACCAAGAACCUGUCGCUUGACAACAACGAGGAGGAUGACUUCAACGACUAUGUGAUAGAGGAUCCUCUUCCGCCGCCGAAGGAGUUACAUCCAGACAAGCUCUAUGCGCUGUACGCCUUCAAAGGUGAUGAUCCAUCUCACUGCGAGCUUGAGAGGGACGAUGCGGUGGUUCUACUAAACGACCAGGACUCAUAUUGGUGGCUUGUAAGGAAGGAGAAGGACUCUAGCAUCGGAUUUGCACCUGCUGA